AAUUUCCUAAAAAUUAAAGAUUUUGGUCAAUAAAAGUGCCCCUGAUCCUUCAAAACCAAACUCCAAAAAGGUUGGUAGAUUUCUCGUGGAAGACCAAUAACUUAGGAAAUUGGCCAUCAAAAAAAAAAAAAAAAAAAUAACAUAGGAACUCUAAACUUCUGAUUCUCUCAAAUUUCGCCAUCUUUUCUAAAAUUUAUGGAUUCCAUGAAAAAACCCCAAAACCACCACCUUUAAUUGAAGAAGAAAGAGAGACAAAAAGUUGCAGUCUUUAAUUUCCUUCAACAAAAUUCAAUCACGGCUUUCUUUGCGAUCAACGCCCAAACAACUCCCAAAUCCCACCAAAAAUCCCAAAUCAAAAACAACAAUUUUGAUCGAUUGACAAAAUUGGGUGUUGAUAAAUUGAGAACCCCUUCUCCUCACGGAGGCAGGGGUGCUCUGCCUUCUGACGGCGGUUGCCCUUCUGAUCUCCUCUUCCUUGCUUGUGGUGGCUUUUCUGUCAAUUACCCUUUUCUUCUUUUUUCUUUAAUUCUUCUGGGUUUUUCUUAGAUUUUGCUGAUUUUCUGUUUAUUUCGAGAAUUUUUGGGAAGUAUAAAAAUGGGGGUUUUGGAUAGAACUCUUACUAUUAAGAGGGUUCCCACGGUUCUUUCCAAUUAUCAGGAGGAGGAUGAUGUUGGGAAGCUUGGUUGUGGGCGCAAUUGCCUUGGGAAAUGCUGCUUGCUUGUGUCAAAGCUUCCUUUAUAUGCAUACAAGGAAGAGGAUGAUGCUAUGAUUGAAAAUGGCAUGGCCUAUUCUUUGGAUCAAGGGCCUUCUAUUUCCUUUCUACAUGACCUCUUGCUGGGACAGUGGGAGGACAGGAUGAGGAAAAGGCUUUUCAGAUACGAUGUGACCAAAUGUGAAACUAAAAUUAUAACAGGAAGAUAUGGAUUUAUUGCCCAGCUUAAUGAGGGACGUCACCUGAAGAAACGGCCCACUGAGUUCCGGGUUGAUCAGGUUCUUCAACCAUUUGAUGCUAACAAGUUCAAUUUUACAAAGGUUGGCCAAGAAGAAGCACUUUUUAGGUUUGAACCUAGUAACAACCAUAUGACUCAUUAUUUUCCAAGUGCACCUGUCACAUCAGAAUCCGAUUCACCAAACAUUGUUGCUAUAAAUGUGAGCCCGAUAGAGUAUGGACACGUCCUUUUGAUUCCUCGUAUAUUUGAUUGCCUGCCUCAGAGGAUUGGUCAUGCAAGCUUCUUGGCUGCUCUUUAUUUUGCAAAAGAAGCAGCUGAUCCCUUCUUUAGAGUUGGCUAUAAUAGUUUAGGUGCAUUUGCCACGAUUAAUCACCUGCACUUUCAGGCUUAUUACUUGCAAGUGCCUUUCCCAGCUGAGAAAGCACCAACUCAAGUGAUAUCUGAAGCACAAGAUAUUACUCGUAAUGGAGUUGUGAUAUCUCAAGUUUUGAAGUAUCCUGUUCGGGGGUUUGUCUUUGAGGGUGGUAACACUAUACAAGAGUUAUCUGAUGCUGUUGCUAAUUCUUGUAUUCGCCUUCAAAGUACUAAUGUCCCUUUCAAUAUUCUCAUAUCUGGUUGUGGGAAAAGGAUAUUGUUGUUCCCUCAGUGCUAUGCUGAGAGACAAGCUCUGGGACAAGUGAGCCCAGAAGUGCUGGACACACAGGUGAACCCAGCAGUGUGGGAGAUCAGUGGACACAUGGUGCUGAAAAGGAGAGAGGAUUUCGACAAGGCAUCAGAGGAAUAUGCAUGGAGGCUUCUGGCCGAGGUAUCUCUGUCAGAGGAGAGAUUCAAUGAGGUGAAGGCAGUAGUAUUAGAAGCUUCGGGGCUAAAAGAGAUUCUAACCUGUAGGACUUGCUUAAAAGAAGAGGAAGGGACUGAGGAACUUCUCCAAGAAUCUUGUGAAUCGGCUCAACUGCUGCCAAAAGAUUGUACAGUUUUGCAGUAAAGUUAGCAGCCAGCGUUGGCACUGAUGCAGUGUACUAAGUGCCUUACCGCCUGGCCUUCACUGUGCUAACUUUUGUACUCCCGUGAAAUUAAGAGAGCUUGACCUCCAUGUUAGGCCACACUUCUUUCUCUGCUUUUUUUUCGUUCUGAUAUUUUUCAUUGGCUAGAUUAUACUUUCUGUAUAAUAAAUCAGGAUACGCCUGUAAAACUUCUCGAGUCCUAGAACUCCAGAAGCUAUAGAUGAAGCAAAUGUCUAUUCUCUGUAGAUAUUUCCAUUCUCAAAAAUAAUGUACCAUUAACAGUUGGAGUACGGCCACCCUUUUUCUGCUAUUUUAUGUUUAUUCUUGUUCAUCAA